UGUCAGUGCUGUGUUUUCAUUUGUACUUGGUGUUUAUCUCGUUGUGUAGAUGACAUAGCUUCCUUGUGAACCUCCAUUGAUAUAAAUUCAGGGCUAGAGAUGUUUUCUUUCUGCAAGUUCCUCAGAAAAGCUUACUUCUUUUUUAGUUCUUUGAUUUUGUAGUUCUGGUUCAUGCAUUGCUGAUUGAGUUCUUUGGAGAAGUUCUAGGUGUGUGUUUGGUAAUUUUUUAUCCGAUAUGAAGUUCUUUGUUUAAUCUUGUGAUCUUUGAAGAAGAGAAGAAGUCAUGGCGGAACCUGCAUUGUCUCAUGUCCACAGCGUUCGCGAACGUUUGGUCGAUAACCUCUCUGCUCAUCGGAAUGAAUUGGUGGCCGUCUUCUCAAGGUUUGUUAAUCAAGGAAAAGGAAUGCUACUGCCACAUCAGUUGCAAGCUGAGUACAAAGCUGUGAUAUCCCCUGCUGACAGAGAGGCACUCAAGGAUGGUAUCUUUGAAGAUGUUAUCAACGCUGCGCAGGAAGCGAUCGUUAUCCCUCCAUGGGUUGCUCUUGCUAUUCGCCCAAGGCCGGGAGUUUGGGAAUAUGUUAGAGUGAAUGUUAAUGAACUUGCUGUUGAGGACUUGACUGUGCCUGAAUACCUGCAGUUUAAGGAGGAUCUUGUGGAGGAUGGAAUUCGUAGCAACUUUGUGUUGGAACUUGAUUUUGAGCCAUUCAAUGCCUCCUUUCCUCGCCCUUCCUUGUCGAAAUCGAUCGGUAAUGGUGUGCAGUUCCUUAAUCGUCAUCUUUCAUCAAAACUGUUCCAGGACAAGGAAAGCCUGUAUCCUUUGCUUAAUUUCCUGCGAGCUCAUAACUACAAGGGGACAUCUAUGAUGCUGAACGAUCGAAUUCUAAGCUUAAAUGCACUCCAGGCAUCACUGAGGAAGGCAGAGGAAUAUCUGCUGAGCAUCCCAAAGGAUACACCAUACUCCGAAUUCACACACAGAUUUCAAGAACUUGGUCUGGAGAAGGGAUGGGGUGACACCGCUGCACGUGUUCAUGAGAAUGUUCAUCUCCUCCUUGAUCUUCUUGAAGCACCUGAUCCAUGCACUUUGGAGAAGUUCCUCAGCAUAAUUCCUAUGGUGUUCAAUGUUGCCAUCCUUUCUCCGCAUGGUUACUUUGCUCAAGCUAACGUCUUGGGGUAUCCUGACACCGGUGGUCAAAUCGUUUACAUCUUGGAUCAAGUUCGUGCAUUGGAGAAUGAGAUGCUUCUUAGGAUAAAGCAACAAGGCCUUGACAUUACUCCUAGAAUUCUGAUUGUGACUAGGUUGCUGCCGGAUGCUGUAGGAACUACCUGUGGUCAGAGACUUGAGAAGGUCCUUGGAACAGAGCACACUCAUAUUCUUCGUGUUCCAUUCAGGACCGAAAAGGGGAUUCUUAGGAAGUGGAUAUCUCGUUUUGAAGUGUGGCCUUAUUUGGAGACUUAUGCUGAUGAUGUUGCAAAUGAGUUGGCUGGAGAACUGCAGGCAAACCCGGACUUGGUCAUCGGAAACUACAGUGAUGGAAAUCUAGUUGCAUCUCUGCUGGCACAUAAAUUGGGAGUCACUCAGUGUACCAUUGCUCAUGCCUUGGAGAAAACAAAGUACCCAAAUUCUGAUAUUUACUGGAAGAAGUUUGAGAAACAGUACCAUUUCUCUUCUCAAUUCACUGCUGAUUUGAUCGCCAUGAACCACGCCGAUUUCAUCAUUACCAGUACAUUCCAAGAGAUCGCGGGAAGCAAGGACACCGUGGGACAAUACGAAUCUCAUACUGCCUUCACUCUUCCUGGUCUGUACCGCGUGGUCCAUGGAAUUGAUGUCUUUGAUCCUAAGUUCAACAUCGUUUCCCCUGGUGCUGAUAUGUCGAUUUACUUCCCUUAUACUGAACACCACAACCGGCUUACUGCUUUUCAUCCUGAAAUAGACGAGCUGAUUUACAGUCCUGUUGAGAACUCGCUGCACAAGUUUGUUCUGAAGGACCGAAGCAAGCCCAUCAUAUUUUCCAUGGCAAGACUAGAUCGAGUAAAGAACAUCACUGGACUUGUUGAGUUCUAUGGCAAGAAUGCCCGUCUUAGAGAGCUUGCCAACCUUGUGGUAGUGGGUGGAGACCACGGUAAAGAAUCCAAGGACCUUGAGGAGCAGGCCGAGAUGAAGAAGAUGUACAAGUACAUAGAGGAGUACAAAUUGAAAGGCCAUAUUCGCUGGAUUUCUGCACAAAUGAACCGUGUUAGGAACGGAGAGCUCUACCGCUGCAUUUGUGAUUCCAAGGGGGUUUUUGUUCAGCCUGCCUUGUAUGAGGCUUUCGGCUUGACUGUUAUCGAAGCCAUGACCUGCGGUCUUCCUACAUUUGCGACGGCUCAUGGAGGGCCUGCGGAGAUCAUAGUGGACGGUGUUUCCGGCUUCCAUAUCGAUCCUUAUCAGGGUGACAAAGCUGCUGAAACUCUUGUGAACUUUUUCGAAAAAAGCAAGGAAGAUCCUACUUACUGGGACAUAAUUUCACAAGGCGGGCUUAAGCGAAUCUAUGACAAGUACACUUGGAAGCUUUACUCGGAAAGGUUGAUGACUUUAUCUGCUGUUUAUGGAUUCUGGAAGUAUGUUUCUAAUCUCGACAGGCGCGAAACCAAGCGAUAUCUGGAGAUGUUCUAUGCUCUGAAAUAUCGCAAUUUGGCAAAAUCAGUGCCUUUAGCUGUUGAUGCUGAUCAAAUUCUUAAUGGAGGCAAUUAGUAGUUUGGUUUUGUUAUGUAAGCUUGAGAGUUUGAGGAGUGAGAGUUUCAUCCUCCUCUGAGUGUUUGUUGUUGUGAGACUUUCUUUCUUUUCCAAGUUAGACUUCAGAAGUUGUCUGAAUGCUUUAAUUUCCAUGUUAUGCCAUAAAAAAAAUCUCAAGCUGAAUUUUAGAA